AUGAGCUUAGACUCCUUGUUUCAGCAAAUUCUCCUGACAGAGCAGAAAGCAGAGGAGAAGCGACGCCUCAUGCACCAAGUUAAAGAGAAAAUAACCCUAGCUCAUGAAAAAGCCAAACAACUAACAGAACAACUAGACAAAACAAAAAGAAAAUUGGAAGUUGAGAUUCAGUUGCUAUAUGAAAAGCUCUUUAAUGUGGAGAUUUUGAAGAAACGGGAAGAGAGCUUAGAAAAACAGAAAGCUGAACUACUAAAUCAGAGGAGUAUUCUGCUUGAAACUGUUAUGGAAACAAAGAGAAAAAUUGCCAUAGAGAAUGAGAAAUUUUUGAAGGAAAUUACAGACUUCAACAAUGAACAUGGGUUAACAUCCAAUAGGGAGCUUUUAAUUAAAAAAAGAGUCAAGACUGAAAUAUGUGAAUUAGAAGGAAAAGAACAUGUUUUGAGAAAUGCAAUAGAGACAAUGGAGCAUGAAAAUGCACAAUUAAAAAUGUUUCAGCUGCAGAAGAAUGAAUUAAAGCAGGAUUUAUUUACUCUCCAGAGAAAACUCAAAGACUUUGAAGAAGAAAUAAGAGAAGCUAAAUACAUUACAAAGCAUUUAGAAACAGAAAAAAUCAAAAUUUCUGAAAAACCUCAGACUGAUCUGGAAUGUGUAAGGCUUAAAACGGAAUUGGAGAGUUACAAAGAAGAUGAAAUGGAAAAUGCCUGUGAGGCUCUUCAAACGGAAAUUGAAUUUCUGCAGAUGAAAUUGUUACAAAAAAAUCUUCAGUCAAAUAAGUAA